AUGGGCGAGACACUAUCUAAGCCUGUUACAGAAAAGCAUACUAGCACGUUUGAAACUUCACAUUUGCGAGUAGGAUGUUGUGGAAUGCAAGGAUGGCGCAAGACAAUGGAGGAUGCUCAUGUGGCUCAGUUAAAUCUUGAAGGUAAUAAACACCAUGCGUUUUUUGGAGUUUUUGAUGGACACAAUGGGUAUAAAAUUGCGAAGUAUUGUAGUGGACAUAUUCUUGAUGAACUUAUGGCUACGCCAGAAUACCGUGAAGGUAUAUAUGAUGAGGCGUUUAAAAAGGCCUUUCUAUCUUUAGAUCAGAAGCUUUCUGAAAUGCCUACACUUCGAUCAGAAGGAGGUACAGCCAUAAUUUGUGUGCUGUUAGCUCAAGGUGAAAUUGUGUGUGCAAAUGCUGGUGAUAGUCGCGCGGUAUUAUUUCGAGGAGACACCGUUAUCCCAUUGAGUAGAGAUCACAAACCUACUGUAGCUACAGAGAAGGCAAGAAUUGAAAAGGCGGGUGGAACUGUUCAGUGCCAACGUAUCAAUGGCACGAUUGCGCUUAGCCGGGCAAUAGGUGAUUUUGAUUUCAAGGAGAAUUCAAAAAUGUCUUGGGAAGAACAAAUGGUUACGGCCUUGCCAGAGGUGAAUAAAUGUAGAUCGAGUUCCGAAGAUGCAUUUAUUGUCAUUGCUUGUGAUGGAGUUUGGGAUGUUCUCUCUAAUGAAGAGUGUUGUGAUCUUGUCAAGAGGGGUCUUAAAGAAACAGAUGGUGAUAUUGGUUUGGUGUGUGAAAUGGUAUUGGAUAAGUGUAUAGCUCCCAGGGUACAAGGGGUCGGCUGUGAUAAUAUGACGAUUAUUGUGGCCCAAUUCAAACCAGCUUUUUUCUUUCAGGUUUAA